GGAAUUGAGUGUGUUUGUUUACAACAGCUGUCACGGAAUCUGCUGACGACGCAAAGGUGCUGUUUUUAGAAAAUUAUUGCCCCGCAAUUUGAUAAUUUUCCAAAGUAAUUACGUGGUUUGUGUGCCAACACCCUCAUACGUCGUCCUCAAUAAUUCGCGCAUAUCGGGAGUGUGUGGAAGAUGCCCAAUUGAGGUGGGUCACAGGAGGUGAAUCAUCCUUCACCCUUCUGCAAGUUUGUGGUAGUUUCCUUGGGGGCUCACUUCCGGUGAUAAAUGCAGGGCAGGUGCUGCUAUCAUGGGUACCCAAACGACCAAUGUGAUAACGCUGUCCAACAGCAUAAUUGGCGUUGGCAUACUCGCGAUGCCAUUCUGCUUCCUCAAGUGCGGAAUCAUCCUAGCGAUUGUCCUCUUAAUCGUCAGCAUGUACAUCACAAGGAUCUCAAGCCACUUCCUCAUUAAGUCCUCCUUCCUCACAAAGAGGCGCAACUUUGAAUUUCUAGCCUUUCAUGCUUUCGGCACGUCCGGGAAAUUGAUGGUAGAACUUUUCGUGAUAGGCUACCUCAUGGGCACAUGCAUUGCCUAUUACGUGGUCGUUGGUGAUCUUGGGCCACAGAUCACGGCAAAAAUCCUAAAUAUUCCUCAAACGGAUCUUCUGCGGCUGUGGGUGAUGGUAUUGCUGACCCUUCUGUGCGUUCUCCCGCUGGGAUUGCUCAAGAACAUCGACAGCUUAGCCACUGUGAGCACAGCCUCCAUUGGAUUCUAUCUCUGCCUCGUGCUGAAGGUCAUGGCUGAGGCAAAGGGGCCCUUCCUGCUUGGGGAAUGGCGACAUGCUGUACUUCUGUGGCAACCAAGUGGCAUUAUGCAGUGCCUGCCGAUCUUCAGCAUGGCCCUGGGGUGUCAGAUGCAACUGUUCGAAGUGAUCGAAACCAUACCGGGGGUUUCACUUGAGAAAAUGAAUCAAACUGUGCGAUCAGCAACAGCUAUGUGUUGCAUUGUCUACAUUUUCGUCGGAUUCUUCGGCUAUGUUGCAUUCUGCACGCAAGAUUUUGCCGGGAAUAUCCUGCUAAACUUCUCAGCCACCCUCAUUAGUGACGUUAUCAAAAUUGGCUUUGUGAUUUCGGUUGCGUGUAGUUUUCCACUCGUUAUUUUCCCGUGUCGAGCUUCACUCUACUCGCUGCUGUACAGAAAGGAUCACAUUGAUGCUGUAAACUACAUUCCUGAAAUGAAAUUUCGCCUUCUGACGGUUGUGAUUGUGGUGAUUUGCUUGAUCAUUGGGAUUCUCAUUCCUUCAAUUGAGCUCGUUAUUGGACUCAUUGGCUCCACAAUGGGUGUCUCCAUUUGCAUCAUUUUCCCAGCACUUUGCUUCAAGAGAGUUUGCAAGAAAGACUCCACGGAAAAGUCCAUUGCUCAAUUUAUGUGCGCUUUUGGGUUUAUCCUCAUGAUCUUGGGUACUUAUGCCAAUCUCAGUGCAAUUGAUCAAAAGAAAUCCGGAGCUGUGAGCAAUGAUGACGCUGAACUGAUGAAUGUGAAAGAAAAUGCUGGAGAAAUGCCGAAGAUUCCUGAAGUGGAGCUUCCAAAAAGUGCUGAAGUUGUGCAAGAGAAGAUCACAGAGAAGCCCAAACCACCGGAUAUUGUACCGAAGGAACCACCUGAGGAAGCUGUGAAGAAGAAACAAGAUGAAGAUGAUGGGAAAGAUAGAGAAAAAGUCCUCGAUGCUGAUGCAAUAAUGAAGGAAGAUCAUGAGAUUGCUGUUGAGGAUUCAGCCAAUGCAAAGAAGCACGAUCAUGAAUUUCAUGCAGUUGUCAAUGAGAUUCAGCGACAAAAUAAAGAAAUGAUGGAGAAACUCGAGCAAAUUGCUGGAAAGUUUGAGGGUGAGAAAAAUUCCAGGGAAGAAAAUCACCCACCAAAGGAUGAACCUGCUAAAUCACACGAUUCUAGUCCCAAAAUCGAUGAUCACAGACCCGAGCCACCUGCGCAGAAUGCAGAACCGGUGCGUGAGGUUAAAAUUGAAGAACCAGCUAAGGUGGCGCAUCCGGAUGAGGUGUCUCGGGAGAAACUUAUCCAAAAUAUCACAAAUCGUUUCCCAAACCCCAUUCCCAUUGCCCUCCUACCGAAUGCAUCUCAGAAACACGAGAAUGUGCUCAGAGAAUCAAUAAUGCCAAAGAAUAGGAGUGCUGAGGUACCCGCGGAGGUGCCUGCAAAAGUGCCUGAGAAGCCUGUUGCAGUGGAGGCGCCUGUGAAGGAGCAACCAGUGGAGCUUGAUAGAGCCACACAGGUUCCCAUGGAUGCGCCUAACAACGAACAGAAGAAAGAGGGACUGCCAAAUGAGGAAAAUAAAGUGAAUGAGCAGCAAGAACCUCUAUCGAAGGAAAAUAUCGACACCAUUCGAAGGGACCUCUUGGGGGUUAAUUCCCCACCAGCGAGAGAAAAGCGCAACAUUGAGAAUGAUCAAGAAUGCGAGAGAGAUCCUGAGCAGCUUUAAUGUGUGAUGUGAGUAAUAAAGAACCAAUAAUAUCCCUAAAUGAAAUUUUGAUUAUUUAUUUGAGGACUUUUUUGAGUUCUUAUCUGUCAAAAAAGGACUAAAAGACUAAAGAAUCCUUAAUAAAACAUUAAUAUUUCAUUGGAA